GUCGCCAACAUAGCCAACUACCAGAAUCAGAGCCUGUUGGGCAGCCAUCACCAUCUGAUCCACAUCGCCGAACCGCAACUGCAACUGCUGCCCGCAGUGACGACAACGCCGACGCUGACAACGCUGACGACAGCAACACCCAUAAUACCCAACACCAACACCAAUACCAAUACCAACACACAAAACCAGCAGCCAGUGUUUGAAAAAGCCAUCACCAUUUCGUCGAUUGCGAUUAAACGCAGGCCGACGCUGCCGCAAACGCCAGCGAGUGCCCCACAGGUGUUGUCGCCGUCGCCCAAGCGCCAGUGCGCCGCCGCCGUAUCUGUGCUGCCCGUGCCCGCAGCAGCAGUCACCGCACCCGGUGCCCAUUUGCAGUACGCUAGCUCGCCGGCAGCAGCAGCAGCCGCCGCAGCCGCAGCAGCAGCAGCAGCUGCGCUCAAGGGCCAUCAACUGAGCUUUGCACAUCCCACACAGUUUGCGGCCGCCGUUGCCGCGCACCAUCAUCAACAGCAGCAGCAGCAACAGCAGCAACAGGUCGCCUACGCAGUCGCUGCCUCACAGCAACAGGCAACCCAUACACAUCAGCAACAUCAUCAGCAACAGCAGCAACAGCAGCAACAGCGUUUGGCGCAGUACAAUCAGGCGGCCGCCGCCGCAGCUCUGCUCAAUCAGCAUCUACAGCACUCAGCCGUUGCAGCUGCCGCUGCGCAUCAGCAACAGCAGCAGCACGUGGCUGCGUUGCAACAGCAGCAGCAGCAGACACCUGCCCAUUACAGCGGCUAUCAGCUGCGUCACGCGCACGCCCAGUACGCGCCACAGCAUCAGCAUUUGGUGCUGAGCAGCAGCAACAGCAGCAACAACAAGCACCAGCAACAGAGCGUCAGCAGCAGCAGCACAUCAGCAGCAACUGUUGCCGGCAACACCCAAUCAGGAACAACUACUGCGCUAAGCGUUGCCACAGCAGCAACAGCCACAGCAGGCAACAACAUUACAAAUAGCAAUUCCCCGGGCAGCUCCGCGCACGAGUCACAGUCGCACGAGUCAGCGUCCAUCUCAGCGCCGACAACUCCCUCGCCGGCGGGCAGCGUUAGCGCCGCGGCAACAGCAGCAACAGUCGCCAGCGACAGCAACAACAACACAAACACAACAGCAGCAACAACAACAGCAAUAACCGGCAACAACAGCAGAGACGCCAGCAUAAUGGAAAAUCAGAUGGCGCUUGCCCCGCUGGGACUAUCACAGAGCAUGGACUCCGUAAACACGGCCAGCAAUGAGGAAGAGGUGCGCACACUUUUCGUCAGUGGCUUGCCCAUGGAUGCCAAGCCACGUGAGCUAUAUUUGCUUUUCAGAGCAUAUGAGGGCUAUGAAGGAUCUCUACUAAAAGUAACUAGCAAAAAUGGCAAAACAGCAUCGCCCGUUGGUUUCGUAACAUUCCAUACAAGAGCCGGUGCCGAGGCAGCCAAACAAGAUCUGCAGCAGGGUGUACGCUUCGAUCCCGAUAUGCCCCAAACAAUUCGCUUGGAAUUCGCCAAGAGUAACACGAAAGUGAGCAAACCCAAACCACAGCCCAAUACAGCGACAACAGCCUCACAUCCUGCAUUGAUGCACCCACUCACUGGACAUCUGGGCGGGCCGUUCUUUCCGGGCGGACCCGAGCUAUGGCAUCAUCCGUUAGCGUAUUCGGCCGCCGCCGCCGCUGAGCUGCCCGGCGCCGCUGCACUGCAGCAUGCAACACUCGUGCAUCCGGCACUGCAUCCGCAGGUGCCCGUCCGCUCCUAUCUCUGACUAAAUACAGACAAAGUAAUGGAGCAGCCUAUGCAUCAAACUCAAAUGGCAAUGCCACAUCAUCAGACAACUGCUACCGCUUUACAUCCCAGCCAGCAGGCGGCCAUGGCGCACAUGGUCGCUGCUGCCGCUGCCGGCGGUGGUGGAGGUGCAGCUGCUGCUGCGGCGCCUCAAGGCGCUGCGGGUAAUGCAGCAGCUGCAGCUGCUGCCGCCGCCGCCGCUGCUGCUGCCGCAUCGCAUCAUCAUUUUUUAUCCAGUCCCGCGCUGGCUAGCCCCGCCGGCUCCACGAAUAACGCCGCACACCCGGCCAAUCCACAGAUAGCCGCGAAUGCGCCCUGCUCCACGCUGUUUGUGGCCAAUCUGGGCCAGUUUGUGUCCGAGCACGAGCUCAAGGAGGUUUUCUCUAGUAUGCCUGGCUUUUGUCGCCUACGAAUGCACACAAAAGCAGCUACAAACUGCAAUACCAACACCAGCAGCAGCAACAGCAACUCUGGCCAACAACAACAACAACAUCCGGUCGCUUUUAUUGAGUUCAGCGAUGCAACAAGCGCUGCUCAGGCCAUGCAGCAGCUGCAGGGCAAGUAUUUGCUCAGCUCGGACCGUGGCUCCAUACGCAUCGAGUAUGCUAAGACGAAGAUGCUUAACGAGAUAUCGCUCAUGAAUAGCAGCAAGACAGCAACGGCAGCAGCAGGCGCAGCAGCAGCAGCCGCAGUAACAGCACAUCAACAACUUUUUUUAUUGAAUGGCGGCUUAAAGGUGCCACCGCCACCGCCGCAUUUGGGGCAUGUUACCAACACCAAUAUGCUCGUCACUGCACCAACAAACAGCACCACAGCACCAGCAGCACAACCAAAUGCACCAACAGCACAACAGCAGCAGCAGCAGCAGCAACAGCAGCAACAACUUCAUCAGCAUCACCAACAGCAGCAGCAUCAGCAACAAUUUCAACUACAGCAACAGCAACAACAACAGCAACUGCAGCAACUACAGGCGACCGCAGGUUGCACCAACACCAGCACCACUAGCGUUGUUGUUAACUCACUACAGCACCACCAACUUCAUCCAAAUCAGCACCACCAAAAUCAUCUCUUUAGAGACAGGAGCGGGUAUGGAAUCAAGGCAUGAUUUGCUCGCUAAGAAACUAGAGCGUGAAAUGCAGCAACAGCAACAGCAACAACAACAGCAGCAUCAACAGCAA